UCCCUUCCCUCCCCCGAGCCACCAGCCACUCACAGCGCCUGGGGCUAUUGCCACAGAUGUAGAUGAAUGUGAUUCCUCAUUACCUGCUCUCCCGUUAGUGUCAGCGGUGGGAUCAGACCAGAAUCUCAGCUGCUAACCCAGGCCCAGGGCCCAGGCCGGCUGAGCGCUCUGUGCUGGACGGAGAUGGCCUUGGUGCUGGUCCCUGCCUUCUGCCUGCUGAGCGGUGCCUGCGCCCAGGCGUGGGGCGUGACACUCGCUCCAGGGCCCCUGGCUGCGGGGGCCGGCUCCUGCGUGACCCUCCCCUGCUCCUUCACCUACCCCGCCGGGUGGAACGUCAGUGCCGUGAGCUGGACACGGGACGGGGAUCAAACCGUGUAUCACCGGGACGGGGCUCGUGUCCACGCUGACUUCAAGGGGCGCGUCCGCUACCUGGGGGACCUGCAGCACAACUGCUCCCUGCGGGUGGCGGGGCUGCGCCCCGGCGAUCAGGGCACCUACCGCUUCCGGUUCGAAGCAGCGGGCGACGGCAGGAGGGACGGGUGGACCAGUCUGCCAGGACAGCAGCUCAAUGUCUCCGACGACCGGUGCCAGCCCUCCCUGGGGCGCCGAACGGAACCGGGACCCUCCCUCACCUGCUCCGUGGGGGCCGCCUGCCCCCAUCGCCCCUCCUGGUACGACCGAGAUGGCGCGCGGCGGAGCCCAGAGCAAACCCCAGGCGGGGCUGGGGCGACCGAGCUGCGAAUAUCCCCGUCCCAGCUGGCCCCCGGCGCGGCGCUGAGAUGCCAGGUGGAGGGAUACUGGGAUGAGUGUGACUCUGCCCCAUCCCAGCCCCUGGGGACAGUCGCCCCCAACGUGCCCAGGGUCGAGGGUUCGUGGCCGGCAGGGAAGGCAGCGCUGAGGGAAGGCGACGGUUUUACCCUGCGCUGCCAGGCUGCUGCCCUGCGGCCCGUCGCCGGGUACGUCUGGUCCCGCGGGGACGUGUGGCUGCCAGGAACAGGGCAGGAUUUACGUGUUGACACGGCAGCCGUCUCUGACGGAGGGAGCUACGCGUGCGGGGUCUGGGUCUCCGGCCCCGGCUGGGCGUAUCUGAGCCUCUCUGCCAGGGAAUCGGUCCAAGUUCAGAGCUCCGGCAGGUGCCCAUGUCUGAGCCCCGGCCUCGUGGCCGGCGUUGCGGUUGCCCUCCUGCUCCUCGUCGCCCUCGUUAACGUGGGGGUUUGGUACCUGCUCGGCAGAGGCCGGUGGCAGGCAGCAGCUGAGGGCGCUGUGCAGGGUGCUGAGCUUUCCCGCAGGCCAAAACCAGAGUCACCCUAUGAGGAACUCCAAGGACGGACCCAGGAUAUUUACAGCCAGUUGGACUCUCCCCGAGCUGGUUCCCGCUGAGCUCUGCUGAAAUCCCAACCAGCCGGGGACCCCUCUGCACGGCCGGGACCCUGAACACAAAGAGACGCCGUCGCUCUGUGGGGCCAGAUCCCAGCGGGGGUCCUGGCUCUGCCCCAGGCCCCACCCCCACUCCACCCCUACCCUCAAGGCCGCUCCUCUCCCCUGCCCCCAGCCUCCUGCACCAGGAAUCAGCU